AUGAAGAGCAACCUUUCUGCGAAAAAGAAUGAUCUUUUCUUGAUGUCCAAACAACUUUGGACUCAUGAAACAAGUACGAAAAGUGUCAAAGGUUUUUUUUCCAAGGGUACAAAAGCACUGGUAAAAUUUGUAGAGACAGAAGGUUUUCAAUCUGCUAGUACUCCAAUUGCUAUGGUGGCAGAGGAACAUGUGGCGCCAUCAAGAACAAAUCUUAGUUUUUCAUUUGAGGUUUCAGAUGAUGUUUCUGAUGAUGAUAAUGUUAAUGAUGAUGAUGAUGAUGAUGCUAAUGAUGAUGAUGAUGAUGAUGAUCAGGGUGAGGAUUUUCAUAUGUUUGAACCAUCGAAGGAGCCAGUCAAUGAACCCUCAACUGCGAGGAAGCCUCCCCAAGCAGUUUCUGUUACUACUGAGUCUCCAUUUGGGAGUCAUAAAGACGAUUCUCAUGCCUCCUUGAUGCCAAGAAAGAGAAGAUGUAGAGAUCCAAGGCUGAGAGUGCUUAUUGCUGAACGAGUACAACCAACUUCAAUCGUUGAACCAUCCCAGGCCAAUCUUGGUGGGUUGAUUGGUCUCUAUUGUGAUCUCAAAGACAAAUUAAUUGGAAAAUUUGGUGAUGAGUUCAAGACUUCAAGUUUUGGUGAUGGAAAAGACUCAGAGACAUCUGAGAGAGUCGUGGUCUCUCCUGUCCUAGAUGCUAACAUUGAUCAUUUGUCCUCUUGUACUAUUACAGCUGAUGAAGAAAGGAGAAGAAGAGAAAAGUUGAUAAACUGA